AUGGAUUUCUCAAUACCACCGGAGUUGCCGCUAGUGUUACAGAAUCAAUUGAAUGAGUUAAUAAAGGAUUAUAAAGAAGAGAAUUUAACGUCGAAAGGUUACGAGACAAAGAGAAAACAACUUCUGGACAAAUAUAGGAACAAUGAGCAGAAACUGCUUUUAUCUAAACAUUCAAAUUUAUCUUUGAACAUAAAUCGAAGAGAACCUGAUUUGUAUGGUUCAUUAAGGAUAUCUAAUUCAUCAACCUCUAGUGCUGACGCUAGUAAUUUACAAGACUCACUUAAAUAUAAUAGAUCAAGUAUAGAUUCUACAAGGGAAGAUUACAAGGUGGGUUCAGUACGGCAAAAUCAGAUUUAUAGAGUGACGACUACAAAUUCAAAUUCUACUUUAUUUUCUCCAAGAAAACAUAAGCAAUCGUCCUCUCUACAGUUAUCUUUGAAUUCGUAUGAAUCUGGAUUGGAGUCAUAUACACCUAUGACACCUUUACUGCCGAGAUUAGAAUCAUUACUUGAAUCAACAUUCUUGCCAUUAAUCCUAAGAGGAAGGUAUAAUCAUUACGAAAAGGAGACAGCUAUUAUAUCUAUAAAUGAAAAAAAUAAAGAAUCGAGCAUAACUUGGGGAAAAUUAUAUUUGAGAGCUGAAAAAGUUGCACAUGAGUUAAAGAAAAGUCAGUUGAAGAAAAUGGAUAAAGUUCUACUAUGGUACAAUAAAGAUGAAGUGAUAGAUUUUACAGUAGCCUUACUAGGUUGCUUCAUUGCAGAUAUGAUUGCAGUACCUGUUUCAUUUCAAACUUACUCAUUAGUGGAAAUUAUACAAAUUAUCAAAUUAACAAAUUCUCAAUUCUCAUUAAUAUCUAGCGAAUGUCACAAACAAUUGGACAAUUUACAAACAACAAACAACAAUACAAAGAUAAAGUUAAUUAAAAGCGGGUUCAUUUCACAAGUGACAUUUUUGAAAACAACUGAUCUAGGCACAUACAAUAAGGCCAAAAAAAUGACACCCACUUAUGAUGUUUCUCAAAUCUCUUACAUUGAAUUUACUAGAACACCAUUAGGAAGAUUAUCAGGGAUAGUGAUGAAACCAAGAGUAAUUAAUGACCAAUUAACUAUGCUAUCUAAAAUCAUAGACUCCAGAGCAAUGCCCCAUUGGAAAAAGGGCGAAAUUAAUAGAUCAUACAAAACUCGAACUGCAGAGAAGGGAUUUACUAUACUAAAUACUUUAGAUCCGACCCGUUCAACGGGGUUGAUAUGUGGUGUGUUAUUUAAUAUAUUUUCUGGUAACUUAUUGAUUUCUAUUGAUAACAGUCUUACAACAAAACCAGGUAGUUAUGAGGAACUUAUUUAUAGGUUUAGUGCCGAUAUAUUGUUAAAUGAGCAACUUCAAUUGAAGCAAGUUGUUAUAGGUUAUCUUGAAGACCCCAAAGUUAUUAAUUCUAGGAAACAAAAAAUUAACUUGAGUUGCAUUAAGUGUUGUUUAACUUGUUGUACAACAAUAGACACUGAAGUAUCAGAUAUGGUUGUACAUAAAUGGUUGAAAAACUUGGGAUGUUACGAUGCGAACAUAUGUUAUUCUCCAAUGCUUACGCUACCAGACAUCGGUGGUAUAUUCAUCUCUUUGAAAGAUCAAUUAGGCAUGUUGGACAAUUUCCCGAUUCACAACACAAAAUUAAGAUUACAAGAUGAUGUAUUUAUUAAUAAAGAAAAACUUAAGGGCAAUAUUGUUGAGUCAAGUAUAACAGCAAUGAUAAAUUCAUCUAGUUCGUUUACCGAGUAUUUAAGACUCACAACAUUUGGAUUUCCAAUACCGAAUGCGACUGUAUGUGUUGUAAAUUUAGAUGACUGUACAUUAGUUCCUGAUCUGACUGUUGGUGAAAUAUGGAUUUCAUCGAAAUCUCUAACAGAUGAAUUUUAUCAAAUGGAUAGAGUUAAUGAAUUCGUAUUCCAUGCUAGAAUAAACUUUCAAAAAAUGUUCUCCUUUGUGAAAGGUAAUACUCUAGAGGCGGCUCAAUCGAAGGAAAAAAUCAAUACCAUAAUGAGUAUAGUCCCACCGUCGACACAGUUUUUAAGAACUAAAUUAAUGGGCUUUGUUCAUAAUGGUAAAAUAUAUGUAUUGUCGAUGAUAGAAGACAUGUUCCUACAGAAUAUGCUAGUACAAUUACCAAAUUGGUCACAUACAUCUGACAUUACCAGAGCUAAGAAGCCUAUUCCUUCACCAAAUAAAUCGGUCAAUAAUUUUGUUGAGAAAAAUGAUAAUGAAUUGACGCUAGAGAAAGGACCUAAAAGAAUAGUCCAGACAUAUUAUCUUCAACAAAUUACAGAAUCAAUCGUGCGUACCGUAAGUACUGUGAGUGAUGUUGCAGCAUUUGAACUAAAUCAUAAUAGUGAUGAACAUUUUUUAGUAAUUAUCGUAGAGAGUUCUUUAUCCAGAUCUACAUUAUUUCAAGAAGAUAAUCUUUUGGUACAAUCUAAAGAGAAGUUGAAAAAAAGAGAACAGAAAAUGAAUGAGCUCACUGAGCAAAUUUACAGAAUUUUGUGGAUAUUUCAUAAAAUUCAACCUUUAUGUGUUCUAGUGGUUUCUCCAAAUACAUUACCAAGAAGAUAUUGUUCCUUAGAACUAGCAAAUAGUACCAUUGAAAGUAAAUUCCAAAGUGGUGAACUUGUUGCUAAUUUUGUUAAAUUUCAAUUUGAUAACGUUAUUUUAGAUUUCAUCCCUCAUUCUUUAUAUUAUAAUGAGAGUAUAUUUUCAGAACAUUUGUCGAACUUAAGACACCUGGCCUUAGAACAGGAAAGGGGCUCUGAUGGUGAAAACCAAAGAAUGAUCUUACAAACAUCAGGCGUAGAUUAUCGAGACAUUGUUUAUGAUCAUCGGACAAAUAAGAACUUAGGAAUUUUUAAAAAUCUUUUGGAUAUUUUAGAAUGGAGAAUUGAAGCCUUUCCAAACGAGUCAGCCUUUAACGAUGGCACUUUUAAAGGAUCUUCUAAGGAGAACGAAAACAAUAUACAUAAAAAUAUUUCUUGGGGGACAUUUCAUAAUAUUAUAGCUUCAUAUCUGAGAAAAAUAUUAACAUCAAAAAUGCCCUUGAAUAAGGGUGAUAGAGUUGUGGUUAUGUGCGAAAAUUCCAUCGAGUACACUGCAAUAAUCAUUGCUUGCUUUUACUGUAAUUUGGUCGUGCUACCUAUUGAUAUAAUAAAUGAAGAUACAGCUGCUGAAGAUAUAUCGUAUUUAACUAAUAUUAUUUCAUCAUUUUCGGUAAAGAGGUUGUUUGUGGAUGGCAAUACAAAUUUUCUGUUGGAGAGUAACACAACAAUCUCUCGAUUAUGGAAGAAAGAAAAAGCCGUAAUACCAAAGGUAACCAAUAUCUCAAAGGUUAAAAUAAAGACUGACGUCUCAAUAAAAAUGUUUAAAACGUACGCUAUACAGAAGCGACAAAAGUUGAACUCAAAUACAUCUACAUGCUUGAUCUGGGUUAACAGAGACAAUUCUCCAAUUAAAAAUACUCACCCUACUAUGACAGCUUCGUCGCUUCUCAACUCAUGUAAAAUUUUAAAGGAAACAUUAGAAAUAACAAAUGAUGACACAUUAUUUUCUUUAUGUAACUAUACUCAUGGGUUGGGUUUUAUUAUUGGCAACUUGCUAGGUAUUUAUGCUGGUUGUUAUACAAACUAUUUUACAAUGGACGAUAUCUUUGUAAAUCCAAAUAAUUUAUUAUUUGGAUUGCAAAAUAUGAAUGUUAAAAACUUAUUUUUAACACCAUCACUUUUUUAUGCAAUGAUAUCAAAGGCUUCUAAUGUUAUAGACUCAGAAAAAACUUUAAAAGUCAACGUUCCAUCGAAGAAAAAUCCAGCCACAGCAACAAUUAAGCCUGAUUUUCUAAGAAAUGUUAAAAAUAUUAUGAUACCGUUUACAGGAAGGCCAAAAACCACAACAAUUGAGAAUAUAUUAAAGAAAAACGGAAAUGUCCAAGUUUCUAUUGAGCAGAUCAGUUAUAUUUAUCAAAAUCAAUUUAACUUUAACAUAUCUAUGAGAUCUUACAUGGGCAUCCCCCCAGUAGAUAUUUAUUUGGAUAGGAGUGCUUUAAGAGAAGGUUUAAUAAAGGAACUUAACGGCUCAGAUCGUAUGAAAUCUGGGUUAAGGAUUCAAGAUUCUGGUGUUGUGCCAGUUUGUACAGAUGUGGUUAUAGUCAAUCCAGAGACUAAGAAACCUUGUCAUGAAGGUGAAUAUGGUGAAAUAUGGUGUUGUUCUGAAGCAAAUGUUUCAGACUACUUUAUCUCUAGGGAUGCCAAUGAUAAAAGUUCAAAGGUCAAAUUAACUAGAGAUACUUUUGUAACUGAACAAUUUAAAAGUAAAAUGGAUGAAUCUAAUGACAAUGGCUUAACAUAUUUACGAACCGGCGAUCUCGGUUUUAUCAAACCUCUGAAAUGUUUGAAUAACGAUGGCGAGGAAAUUUCAUUCAACCUUUUAUACGUCCUUGGAAGUAUUGGAGAUAUUAUUGACAUUUUAGGUUUAACUCAUUUUGUUGGUGAUUUAGAAAGCACGGUAAAAGAGACAAACCCAAAUAUCGUGAAUUGUAUAAUUGCAAAAUGUGGUGGGUUACUAGUUUGCCUAGUUAAAUGUAAAGAAACUACAAAGCAAAUAUAUGCCAAUUUAACGGUAUUAAUAACUUCACAGCUGUUAUCAGAACAUGGGGUUAUUUUGGAUUUAUGUAGCUUCGUUGGUAAAAAUAAUAUCGCAAAAGAUAUUCCUGAGAAUUGGUCAUUGCAUCGCACGCAAGUUAUAGAAGCAUGGUUUGCUCAAACCUUAAACAUUGAAUCACAGUUUGGAAUCAACUACGGUGAAAACAUUUCACUUUACCUCUUAUCAGAUCUAGAAAGAAGUUAA